GCAAAAUCACCUCUUUCUCUAUCAUUCGACUUUAGGUUAGAACUUCCCCUCAAAAGAGACUUUAGGUUAGAACUUAGAACUAGAAGCCCUUCCUUCUCACCUGCUCGGAUGCCGUAGCUGCUAAUCGAUCCUUCUAUUGCUCACCAGUUGGCCACCGCAGGAAGAAGCCAACAGCUCGGCCGCAGCAGGAGGAAGCCCGUCGCUCGUCGCCGCAGGGAGAAGCUCGCCGCACUAUAGGUGCCGUUAUUAGUUCUGAUCUAGACUCUCGAUUAUUUUUUGUUCUCCGCUGCUGUUUAUCGAAUUGCUCUUUUAAGCAACUCGGUAUCUUUCCAGAAUUCUACUUGUACAAAAUGCACAUAUGGAAUUGCAAUGUUAGUCUUUUUUUCCUUGUGAAGUGCUUCUAAUCUCUAUUAUUUGAUUAGUUAUGGUAUGGAUAGCUUAUGGAAUUCCAUCACGGAGACCAUUUUCUCCAUUCCAUUGCUUUUGACAUUUUAUAAACGUGCGAUUCUAGUAAAUAGUCACUACUUGCUUGUUAUUUGCUAGGUUAAACAAUUAAAAAGUAGUUGUUUCUAUUCUAAUUUAUAUGAACUUGUGAUCAUAUGAAAUAUUCUAGAAAUCAAAAAAUAUUUGAGAUUUUUUUCCAUUUUAACUCUAAACACCUAGGCACGCAAGUCAGCAACAAAGCGCUCGCAUUACGUCUAGCGCCUUUUUGAACCUUGAUCCCUACUGCUAUUGAGCCGUUCUACAGUGUUUUAGUUGUUGCAAAUUUGAACAUCCAAAUUAACAUCUCCACUCCCCUAGGCGGUUAAGUGAUUCUUGAUCCUUUUCUACAUAAAGAAGCAGAGCCCAUAUUUUCUUAAUCGAGUAGGUUUCCGCCUUACUUCUUUGUUUGCUGGCCUACCAUGCCAUUUUUAGCUUGAUUUUCCCGGUUCCUUGCACAGUUUUUCAUGGGCUGAGAGUGAUUGUGAAUGUUGGUUCGUAAACUGGAGUUAGCCUUGUCCGUCAUCCAGGUUUCUGUUGUUAUGGACUGGUACUAGGCUUCAGCUAUGUUUCCUCUAACAGUAGCCUCCAAUCUCUGUCGUUGCUGAGACCUCUAAUAUCUCUCCCAAAAGCCAACCUCUUUAUCUUGAGUCCGUACUUCAAAUCAUUAGUGAAGACAAAACGUGUAACUUACCAUAACUCCAUAAGUUUGUUUAUUAGGUUCUGCUCUCCAAAUGCUCUUUAUGCAUUUCGAGUGCUGGAUUAGGCCUAGAGUUUAAUUCUUUGACAGUAAACAUUUUUAGCGAUGCACUGCUGGAGCAGUCAAUUGGUCCUUGUCUGUUUCAAUUGUUUUGCUCUGCACUUGUUGUCAUGCUGCCUUGCGAGCCAUUAUGCUGGUUGUCUUUUAUUUUCUCUAUUCCUUGCUGCUGCCGCCAUUGUGAUGACACAUCAUGAGGGUGUUGGAAAGCAUUGUAGGUGUUCGUUGAAAUGCUUGAGUGGAUUUACUAGCGAGUGCUACAUUUGGUUCUGGUUUUGUCCCCCCUUCUCUCCUUUUAUCAGUCCUCCCCAGCGUUUCAUGUCUACACCUUCAUUGCUUUCUUGAGUUUGCAUGAUUGAGGAGAACAUGGAGGCUUGAAGGGGGGAAAAAGGAAUGGUUUGAACUUGUACAGUUGGAGCUAUGGAGUUGUUAUUGUGGUUUUGAGUGCUUCUUCUGGUUUACCCCAUUUUUACUGUUUUGGCAAUUGUAUACUUCUUUCAGGAUAACUAAAGGAAUCAGAUUGGUGCAUUACUGAACCAAAUGGAGCAGCAGCCAUUUUUAGAUCGAAUGCUCGGUCAGCUACGAUGUACUUGCAAGUAUUACACUGGAUAUCCAAAAGAUCUUGGCCCCUCACGAGUCAUUCAUUUCACAUCAGAACGUGAAUUCGUCAAGCUUCUCCAUGAAGGUUACCCAAUGGUAGUUGCUUUUAGUAUCAGAGGGAAUUACACAAGACAUCUAGACAAAGUACUUGAGGAAGCUGCUGCUGAGUUUUAUCCUGGUGUUAAAUUCAUGCGUGUUGAAUGCCCGAAGUAUCCUGGGUUCUGCAUAACACGGCAGAAGAAGGAAUACCCGUUCAUUGAAAUCUUCCAUAGUCCAGAACAAACAGCUAACCAGGGAAAGGCUGUGGAUCCUGGUAUCACCAAAUAUGCCGUUAAAGUUCUACCUUUCAACUACGAUGUCAGCCCUUAUGGAUUCAGAGAGUUCUUCAAGCGCCAUGGAAUAGGAUCAUCGAAACAAAAUCAAACAUCACAAUGAAUUUGCAGUGGAUAGUAUGUGACUGCUUUUGUUCAACAGUUCAAGCACAAAGUGCCUUCAAUACUUGUCCCCCCCAUCUGCAUUUUGCUUGCCGAGAGCUGAAGCUCCUGGGCCUAUCACAGCACCGUUGUCUGUCUGUUUGAAUAAUUUGUGUAGCUUCCUUCCUGGAUUAAGGGUAUAUUUAUUAGUACACGGUCACUGUUAGAAAGCUGCUAUAAAAGUUGGCCGAUUUUAUUCGUCGAAUUUCGAGAAGUUGUUCAACUUGCUACCCAAUGCCACUUUCUGGUUGUCAGUCCCAGAAGGCUGAAUCGAUCAUUUCCCAUGUGUAGAUAGAUGGUUUCCAUUUACAAUGUUUCCGAACUGAUAGAACGAGAAGCUACUGGUUCUAAUAAAAUGCACCAUCAUCG